AUGCCAACUAAAGUUCCCAACAUGUUUGGUUCUCCAUCAUCAUCAUCUAGUGGCGGCCUUGUUUGUUGUAGCCGUGAAGGAGAAAGGGAAAAGACGAAGAAGAAGACAAUGGGUCGGGCACGGAUUGAGAUAAAAAAGAUUGAGAAUGUGAGUAGUCGCCAAGUGACUUUUUCAAAACGUCGGGCUGGGCUCAUGAAGAAGGCUAGAGAGUUGGCUAUCCUGUGUGAUGCAGAGGUCGGCGUUAUUAUUUUUUCUAGCACUGGCAAGCAAUAUGAGUUUGCUAGUUCUUGCUUGCACAACAUAAUUUCAAGGUACGAAAGAAAUUUGGAUGUUGCACAAAACAUAAUGGUAGGGAUUCAGCACGAAGGAGCAACGGAGGUAGAAGUUUUGAAAGCUGAAAUCGCGAAGCUGCGUAAGGGGCAGAAGUUGAUGAUGGGAAAAGAGUUGGAAGGUUUGAACUACAAGGAGCUCGAUAAUUUGGAGCGUCAACUCUACGAUGGCAUGUUAGCAGUUAAAAAUCGAAAGGAUAUGGUAUUGUUGGAAGAGAUUGAACAAACAAAAUUGCGGGAACAAAAGACUAUGCAAGAAAAUGAAUCUUUGAGGAAACAGAUUGCAGAAUACAUAAACAAACCAACAACAAACCAUGAAAUCCGUCAAAUAGGGCGAACGAGUCCUUUCGUAAGGCCAAGUCCCCUUACAUAUCUCAGGCCAGAAAAUGGAGAUGUUGCUAUUUCUUUGCAUCUAGGGUUAUCACCAGUUAAUGAUUAUCAAAAGAGAAAAAUUCCUAAAAUCGAGCUCGAUCCAUAA